GAGCCUUUACGUCGGCGCGUAAGGGGGGGGGGUGCGUGUGAGGUCAUCGCGCGGGCGGGCGGGCGGGGUCAGGCGGUUUGAACGAGACGAAGACGGAACCGGAGCCGGGUACGGGCAGCGGACGCGGUCCAACGGAGAGCCGAAGAUGGCAGUGAACGUGUACUCAACGUCGGUCACCAGCGAUAACCUCAGUCGACAUGACAUGCUGGCCUGGAUCAAUGAGUCUCUGCAGUUGAAUCUGACAAAGAUUGAACAGUUGUGCUCAGGGGCUGCCUAUUGUCAGUUUAUGGACAUGUUGUUCCCUGGCUCCAUUGCCUUGAAGAAAGUGAAAUUCCAAGCUAAGCUAGAACAUGAAUACAUCCAGAACUUCAAAAUAUUACAAGCAGGUUUUAAGAGGAUGGGUGUUGACAAAAUAAUUCCUGUGGACAAAUUAGUAAAAGGAAAGUUUCAGGACAAUUUUGAAUUCGUUCAGUGGUUCAAGAAGUUUUUUGAUGCAAACUAUGAUGGAAAAGAGUAUGACCCUGUAGCUGCCAGACAAGGUCAAGAAACUGCAGUGGCCCCCUCCCUCGUUGCUCCUGCUCUGAACAAACCGAAGAAACCUCUCAGCUCUAGCAGUGCAGCUCCACAGAGGCCCAUUGCAACACACAGAACUACUGCAACCCCUAAGGCUGGCCCGGGUGUGGUGCGGAAGAAUCCUGGUGUAGGGAAUGGAGAUGACGAAGCAGCUGAGUUGAUGCAGCAGGUCAACGUAUUGAAGCUUACUGUUGAAGACUUGGAGAAGGAGAGAGACUUCUAUUUUGGAAAGCUGAGGAACAUUGAGUUGAUUUGCCAGGAGAACGAGGGGGAGAACAACCCUGUGCUGCAGAGGAUCGUGGACAUUCUCUACGCCACAGACGAAGGCUUCGUGAUACCUGAUGAAGGGGGCCCACAGGAGGAACAGGAAGAGUAUUAAUAGCCUGGACCAGCCGAGCAACAUCUGAAUUCUUCACUCCAAAUCAUGUGCUUAACUGUAAAAUACUCCCUUUUAUUAUUCUUAGAGGACUCACUGGUUUCUUUUCAUAAGCAAAAAGUACCUCUUCUAAAAGUGCACUUUGCAGAAGUUUCACUCCUUUUCCAAUAAGUUUUGAGUUAGGAGCGUUUACCUUGUAGCAGAGCAGUAUUAACAUCUAGUUGGUUCACCCAGGGAACAAAGAGGCUGACCAUGGGGCUCACUUUGUGGAUGCUGGUAGCACUGAUAGCUGGAGAAGGGGGAGACCUCAGUAGAGAAAUGUAAAGACUGAUUUGAAUUUUAAGUUAAUGUGAAAUCUUGGCAGAGAACGUUUUAAUAAAUAAAUGCCUUAAGAGUAUUUAAAAGAUGCUUCCAUAUUUCAAAAUACAAAAUGUGUGUUUGACAUUAUGUCUGGGAAGUAUGGGCUGGAACCUGGAGCCUUUGGGACCUGCUGUUCCCAGCCUUCGCAGGACUGCUUGAUCCUCAUAAGCCCAGACGUUGGCCCAAAAGCAAAAUUUGAAAAGUUAUUUUGUAAGCCAUUUUGAUGUCCUUGACCAAUAUAGCAUGCCUACUAAGAAGCAAGAGGCAUUGUUGCCUGGAUGAAUAGAGGGUGUGUUUCAGGCCUGAGACGUCUGAGUCAAAGAGCUUGAUUUUCAUUGAGCAUUUCUCUGGUGAUUUUUCCAGUUAUCCCUGAUAAUUCUGUGUACUGUGUGUGUUUUUUUUUUUUUUUUUUUGGAAAUGAGGUGUGUCCAGUUUUUAAACCUAACAACUACUUUUGGGGACUUGCCCACAUCUCUGGGAUUUGAAUGGGGGCUGUGUCCCAUUUUACUGUCUUUUAAGUUUACAUUUAACAUGUUCCUCUUCUCUGCUCCCCUUGCCCACUGGGGACUCCUCUUUGGCUCCUUAAAAUUUGCUGCUUAGAGUGGAAGUUCAGCAGGCAGGUGAUCAUACUGCAAGUUCUUUCUGGACCUCUGGCAAAGGGAGUGAUCAGUGAAGGCCACCACUCCCUUGGGAUCUGCAAGGCUGGGUGUUUUUUCGGUACCUGCUGUCCACAGCCCUCCACUGUUAUCAGAAUACUUUGCCAGUGCACUAAUCUCUUUGGAGAUAAAAAUGUUAGCGUGUUACUAAAUGUUAAUUUUCUUUUGCAGAAAAUAUAGUACCAUGUCUGAAUUAAUUAUUAAUAUUUAAAAUAUUUCAUUCCUUAACUCCCUCAUCUGCUUUGCUCACAGCUGACUCAGUUCCUUUGGCAGAAUUCUGCAACAUGUGUGUCACCCACUACUGAGACUGUUCAGCCCCUGAUGUAUUUGUAUUGAUUUGUUUCUGGUGGUAGCUUGUCCUGAAAUGUGUGUAGCAAGCAGGUAUUUUAUGAUAAAAUUGUUGUGUAGUGCAUGCUCUGUGUGGAAUUCAGAGGAAAACCCAGAUUCAGUGAUUAACAAUGCCAAAAAAUGCAAGUAACUAGCCAUUGUUCAAAUAACAGUGGUGCUAUUUCUCUUUUGUGGCCUUUUAGACUUUUGUUGCCCUAAAAUUCCAUUUUGUUGGGAACCCAUUUUCCACCUGGUCUUUCUUGACAGGGUUUUUUUCUACUUUUAAACAGUUUCUAAAUAAAAUUCUGUAUUUCAAGAG